AUGGGCGGCGGCGGAAAAGUCCCUUACCCCAAGCACGUCUGGUCUCCAGCCGGUGGUUGGUACGCGCAGCCUGCGAACUGGCGCGCCAACACCCUGAUUGCUGGUGUCGUCAUGGCCGGAAUCGUUGCGGUUACGUGGAAGUUCAGCGCUGGACGAGAACAAUGGGCUCACCGACCUGAGCAAGGGCAGUGGUACGCCAGCCGACAGUAUGCUAUCCAAUUCCGCAUUGGCGAGAUUCUGAGCGAAAGUGCUAACAAUGGGGUUUAG